CUGGGGCUAAGGGGCGUGACUCGGGCUCAGGGACCCUGCUCUUAGCCAUGGGUCGCAAGAGGGCAGCUCGCGGGCUGGGGACGGAGGGUGGCCGCGCUCGGCGUUCCCCCGGCCGAUCCCUGGAGGCUUUCUCCGAGGAGGUGGGCGCCGCGUUGCGCGCGUCCAUGGAGCCAGAGGCGGCCGAGGAUGAGGGUGGCCCGGGCAGGGCGGCGCUGCCUUGCCCGCUGGCCAUGUGGGAACUGGGCCAUUGCGACCCCCGGCGCUGCACGGGCCGCAAGUUGGCCCGCCUGGGCCUGGUGCGCUGCCUGCGCCUAGGCCACAGGUUCGGCGGUCUCGUGCUCAGCCCCAUGGGCACCCAGUACUUAUCCGCCGCAGACAGACAGCUGGUGGCCCAGUCUGGGGUUGCUGUCAUAGAUUGCUCUUGGGCCAGACUGGAGGAGACACCCUUUGGGAAGAUGCGAAGCAGCCAUUUGAGGCUACUGCCCUACCUGGUAGCCGCCAACCCUGUGAACUAUGGCCGGCCCUGCAGACUUUCCUGUGUGGAGGCUUUUGCUGCUGCCUUCUGCAUCCUAGGCUUUUCAGAUCUUGCUGUCAUUUUGCUGCAAAAGUUUAAGUGGGGCAAGGGUUUCCUGGACCUGAACCGCCACCUUCUGGAAAAGUAUGCAGCCUGCAGUAGCCCAGAGGAAGUGCUGCAGGCAGAACAGGAGUUCUUAGCCAGCGCCCAGGACAGGCCUGAGGAGGAGAUUGACCCCUUUGAUGUGGAUUCAGGGCGAGAGUUUGCAAACCCCAACAGGCCUGUGACCAGCACCCGGCUGCCCAAGGAAACAGAUGACAGUGACAAGUCUGAGGAACAAGAGUCUGGCACUGAGGAUGGAGGAGGCAGCAGCUGCUCUGAGGAGGAGGAGACUCUGGAAAGAGAAGCUGAGGCCAAGGCCCCAGCUGAGACUUGGAAAGGAAUCAAGAAACGGCAGAGAGACUGAAGGUUGCAGACAUAACGUUGUUAAAGCUGGGAUACAGAAGUCAAGGCAGCGGCAAAAUGUGGGGAUGGGCAGGCCUGGCAGCACAAGCCUGCUGCAAGGCUGGGCUCCCUCUGAACGCUGUGGCAUCCUUGCUUAGGGUGCCACCUUGGGAUUCUCAAUGAACCUACAGACUGAGAAGGAGCCCUGG